UGAAGUAAUAUAUAUUCUGUAAAUCAAAUAGAGAAAAAUAAAAAGAAAAGAAAAGAGAAAAAAUGAAGACACAAAAUGUGAAGAUUGUUUUGUUGGUGUUGUGUUUUGCAGUAUGUGUGGGGAUGGGGAGACCAUGGGGUGAUAAUGUGGUUGACGAUGCAAAAAACAAGGCUGGAGAGGUCAAACAUGGUGCCGCAUCAGCAGUUAAUGAUGCCACUCAAAAAACUGACUCUUUUGCUAAGUGGGCUUAUCACAAGUUUACAGAACGGUUCGGUUCCAAAGACGACGACAAAAAAUUACCUCAAAAUACAAAGAUUCAAGUUGAAGAAACCGCCUCAAAGGUUAAAGAUACAGUGAAAGAUGCUGCAUCAGGAGCUAGUGAGUAUGUAUCAGAAACAGCUUCUGGUGCUAAAGAGAAAGCAAAAGGAGCAUUUGGUGAAGCCAAGAGACAAACAAACAAGGCCUCCGAUGCUGUUGGUGAUACAGCCAAUGUUGCUAAAGAUAAAGCAACAGGUGCUUUUGACACAGCUAAACAUAAAGUUGGUGAUGCUUAUGACUCUGCAAGGAAAACUGUUACUCCUGAAAAGCCUAAGAAUAAGUAGAACAUUAUCAUCAACUUCCAUUUUGUUCCAGGAACCUAUAUAUAUAUAUCUAUAUAUAUUAAUAUAAUAACAUUGUAGGAUUAGAAAUAUCCUCUGUUUCUAUGCUAUCUUUAACAUUAUUCAUAGGUAGCUGUGAAAUGUGGCAGCUUUUGGCAAUGUCUUCAUUGUUAUAAAUACGUCGACAUUGUUGCUGUUUUGGUUUUGGUUUUGUUAAUAAAACUCUAAUUCAUUAUUGUACAACUGUUGUGCUAGUUUCCAUCUCGGAUUCUUUGUUUCUCUUUCGAUUUUGUAAUUUGGAAAAGGAAUAAAUGAAAUACUUAUACUAUCAAGAAUAU